AUUCUUAGCUUGUAUAUUUUUCACAAUUUUGGGUGCAGUCGUAGAUCGGUUGAGAAUUGUCACGAACUAAUGCCCCCAACACAGAGUGGAGUGAAGCUGAAUGUAUCAUGCAUUGCACUUGACUCCUCCUCACGGGGGGAUAUGUUAUGUAUUGUAUCUGUCCUUCAAGAUUUCUUAAAUAAUCAUAUUCAAAUAGGAUUGAUAGAGUAGGAAUCCAAUUCUUACCUAUUGAUUUACAUGCUACCAAAUAGAAAAAUACACAUUAACUACCUGUCUGUUUGUAUACAAGACGAUCCUAUAUAUGGCAGUCUCCGUCUAAUUUUCUGAAUCCAAUCAUCUCAAUUCACCUUUCCGAAAAUGCCGUUAGAAGUUCAUGGAAUCAAGUCCAGCGAUGUUCACGCUAAAAUCCGACUGCUUAUUGAUGGGUUAGUGAACAUCAAAGACGCGACGGGCGAGUUUCUUAUGACAUUGGAAGAUGGGAGAGUAAUCGAUACCAAGGGAUGGAACGAUUGGGAAUGGACUCACGGAAUCGGCCUCAAUGGAGUAUGGGCAUACUACUCGCUAACUGGCGAGGAGAAAUACCUCAAAAUCAUUGAGGAUUGGUUCGCUAACCGAUUUGCUGCCGGCGGCACCACCAAGAACAUCAACACAAUGGCCGUGUUCCUAACGCUAGCCUACGUGUAUGAGAAGACAAAAAAUGAGACAUAUCUUCCUUGGCUAGAUAGCUGGGCCGAGUGGGCAUACCACGACUUGGAGAGGACGAAAUAUGGCGGCAUGCAGCACAUUACAUACUUAGAGGAAAACAACCAACAGUUAUGGGAUGACACGCUCAUGAUGACCGUCCUGCCCCUAGCCAAAAUUGGAAAGGUGCUUAACAGACCGCAUUACAUCCAGGAAGCGAAACGGCAAUUCUUAAUUCACAUCAAAUACUUGUUCGAUACCAAGACAGGUCUAUUCUUUCACGGCUGGACGUUCCAUGAAGGAGGCCACAAUUUCGCAAACGCCCUAUGGGCGAGAGGGAACGCGUGGCUAACGAUUGUGAUUCCCGAAUUCUUAGAAUUGCUAGACCUUCCCGAACAUGACCCAAUUAGGGAUCACCUCUUGGAUACACUCAAUGCGCAGUGCGAGGCACUGAAGCCAUUACAGGCACCCUCCGGCUUAUGGCGCACGCUUUUGGAUCAUCCAGAGGAAGAAGGGUCGUAUGUUGAAUCGAGCGCGACGGCGGGCUUUGCGUUCGGAAUUCUCAAGGCUCAGAGAAAGAAGUAUAUCGGGAAGGAAUACGAAGCUACUGCAUUGAAGGCAAUACGUGCAGUGCUAGAUAAUGUUGACGCCAACGGUGAACUUCAAAACACAUCGUAUGGCACGGGGAUGGGCCAUAGUUUACAACAUUACAAAGAUAUUCCCAUCACAAGCAUGCCGUAUGGGCAGGCUAUGGCUAUAAUAUCUCUGGUGGAGUUUUCAAGGGUGUUCAUAUAGGCUACCUAGGUAUCUAGUAGACAGGUAGAGGGUUGAAUUGCUUCAUCUAAGGUG